AUGAAAGCGCCAAGGCCAAGCCCAGGGUCCAAGGCUCGCUCGGUGCAGCGACCCGAACGUCAACUUCAUUCAGACUCGCAAUCCUCCCACCCGCUGCUGCGCCUAUCGGAACCAAGCCGACUCUCUUCCAUCUUGCCACAUAGAGAACGACGCAUAGGCCCGCAGCUGCCCUUCGCCACCUCGUGCCGAUCGUCGAAGGAAUCACCUUUCAUCUCUGCUUCGUCACGGCGUCGGAUCACCGCUGUCACUCCUCCAUUCACACGUCAAGUGGCGUCAAAGUCCAAAUCCCUCCCGAAGACCCGUAGAUCAGCACAGACCGGGUGCACCACCCUCGCAGAUAUGCCUGGAUCCGUACCGCAUCGAUCAAGGUACGCACCGUUGCGGCGGGACACUGCCUCGAGCUCCACGCCAUCCCGCCUCCGGUCUGCGUACCUCGAUGCGCGCUCUUACCUCGACCGCACAUGGCAGGCAUUCCUCGCGCUGCCUCCAGGCCAGCGCUACAUCAUCUACCUCGCCGUCGGCAUCAAGGCGCUUAUCUUUGCCGUCGUCGUCUACAUUGGACCCGAGGCCAUGUUCGACGCUACCGCCAAGCUCGCCAUCUGGUUUGGCGCACAGCCGCUCGGCGCGGCGCUGCUCAUCGCCCUCGUGGUGGCCGUCAGCUUCCCGCCGCUCGUCGGCUACGGCACCUGCAUCACCCUCUUUGGUCUCGGCUGGGGCGUCCAAGCUGAUGCCACUGCGGAACAUCCAAAGCUCAACGGCAAUCUGUGGCAUGCAUGGCUGCUAGCCUCGACUGCGUGUCUUCUUGGCGCCACCGUCUCGUUCGGCGUGCUGCGCUUUCUGAUCGUGCACCACAGCAAGCGCGUGGCGUGGAUCAGCUCGGCGCUCAACGAUCCAAAAUUCGUGGCGCUAUCGACGGCGGUGCGACGCCGUGGACUGUCGAUGGCCAUCCUCAUCCGCUUCUGCCCGUUCCCCUUUGCAUACUCGAACCUCUUUUUCGCCAGCCUCGUCGAUGCCGUAUCGCUCGGCCAUUUUCUCACGGCUACGGCGCUCAUCACGCCCAAGUUGCUGCUGCACGUGUGUAUCGGAACGAGGAUGUUCGUGCUCAUGGACAGGGAGCAGCGUGCGCAUCUCGACGGAUGGGCAAAGGCGCUCAAUGUGCUGUACAUCAUCAUCGGGUCUGCAGUGGGUGCGGCAACAGGAUGGAUUGUCUGGUCAGAGACCAAAAAGGUGCUGCGUGCAAUCGAGCAGGAAGCACAGACGCAGGAGGGACAAGUGCAACCUUCCCGCCGUUCGCGCAAUUCUCGGCAGACCCAGUACCGCGACACGUCGCCAGAUCCAAGCGCGGGCGAGGCUGGCACGCCUUUCGUGCUCGAUGUGGAAGGCAGUGCAGGGUCGGAUUCAGACGCUGAUGAGGUCGGUCGCGGCUUGCCUGCGCGCGACCGUGCGAGCAAGGACAAGCAGAGCCUCCUCCCGCGCUAA